CCUACCACUACUACUACUACUACUACUACAAGACCUACUACUACUACUACUACUAGAACUACAACAACUACAGCUAUCACAACAACCAAAGCACCAACCACUACUAAAAGACCUACUACUACUACUACUACUAGAACUACAACAACUACAGCUAUCACAACAACUGCACCUCCUAAAGCUUCUCCAGUGGUGGUUUUCGUCAUACAACAAGUGUUCGUAGUAGCUUUGAAUAACCCUCAAAGUAAAGAAUUCCAAAAACUUGCAAUAAUCAUUACUGCAGUGUUUGAUGUGAUCUACAAAACAAAAUAUGGGAUCCUUUUCAUCCGGACCAUUGUUAUUGGAUUCAGACCUAUUUCCCGUUCCCGUAUGGAUUUUGAAACACAGGCGGAGGUCAAACUGGUGUUCAACGAGACCGCCACUCAAUCUGUCCCUGACUUGACUGACAUUAGCAAUACACUGAAAGUGGCUGUGACCAAUCCAAACAUUAGCUUUGGCAACCUCUCUGUGGAUGUCAACACCAUCAUUGUUAAACUGUCAAUUUCACCCACCACAAAUGCAACUGCCAACACAUCUACAACGACAAAUGCCACAACUAUAACUGCCACCACAUCUACAACGGCUACUCCUGUCACCACUACCACAACCCCUGCAACUACCGCUGUUGCACUCACUGGAGUAACUGUGGUGUUCACGUCCAGAGAGAUAUUUAUCUUUGACCUAUCAAACACAUCUUCUCAGGCCUUUCAAAACCGAGCAACACUGAUUAAAACUAAGCUUGAACCUUUCUAUCGAUCGGCUUUCCCCUCUUUCAACAGUUUGACUGUGAAAAAAUUCAGCUCUGGAUCCAUCAUCAAUACUAUGACUUUAGCAUUCAGGUCCUCCUCUGUCCCUAAUUCCAAGGAGAUUGGCACCGUUUUGAUAAAUGCUGCACGAAACAUCACAGCUUUUGACAUUGACCCCACCUCAGUGACAGUCGACGGCACAGCUGUGACCUCAAGUGGAGUAAGCGGCAAGACCAGUCUCUUCACCGCCAUCUUUCUGGUGGUCCUGUCGCUGCUACUGUCGAGCCAGCAUUAGUCUCACUGGUAAUGCCCACUCGCUGGCAAGCAGCCAGUCAGAAAGACUGUUGGUAGUCAUAUUUUCACUUUGAGAACUUCCCACACAUUCCAAACCCCAACCCCAAUUCCACCCCAUGAUUGGAAUAGCGUCCAAAAAAUGAAAUGAAGUCUUGUGAGUUGACAUAAGAUACAGUAUAUGUGGCAGUUGAACAAAAUGAUGUGAUAUAAUUUUCUGCCUAUUCCAUCAAAAUGUGUAAGGGUUUCCGAUAGGUUAAUUUUUAUUUCUGUGCAAUGCAAAGUAUGUUUGAAUUAAUAUGUUCUUAAGGUUAUUUUUGAUUCUCUCUGUUGCUGAUAUGAACAAAAACAUGUAUUCACUCUGUUGCUGAUAUAAACUAAUGGGUACAAUAUUUUAUUUUCUAUUUUGACUAAACCAGUGAAACCUGGAUAACGGAUUUAAUAAGGGUCUUUGGAGCAAAAUGUUCAACGAUUUAAACUAUUAUGAAUGUAGUCUUCAUCAUGUAUGUUAUACCGUAUAAUGUAAUUGUGUUAUCAAUAGUCAUGAUAUUGUUCCAGUGUAAGGUUUUACGAUUUUUUCUGGAGGUAUACAAUCUUCAAUACAUGUGUAGCUGUAGUUAAGAUUCGGACCAUUUGUAGUGUUUACUAUUUGUUUACUAAAUGAGGGGAAUGGAUGACAAGGUACAGUUGUGAUGUUUAUCUGACCAGUGAUACACAGUGAGGGAGGGUUGUGCCCCACUGGUCUGGACAGCAGGUAGUUACACAGUGAUACACAGUGAGGGAGGGUUGUGCCCCACUGGUCUGGACAGCAGGUAGUUACACAGUGAUACACAGUGAGGGAGGGUUGUGCCCCACUGGUCUGGACAGCAGGUAGUUACACAGUGAUACACAGUGAGGGAGGGUUGUGCCCCACUGGUCUGGACAGCAGUUAGUUUGUUGGUGCAAUAUUCGCUCUCCCAGAGACUGAGCUUUGAUGGGUGCCUUCCCAGACUCUGGAGUAAGAUAGAUUUGUAGCUUUCACCAGACUAAACACUAGAUGCCAUUCCACAAUAAAUCGCCCGGGUUAACCGAUGACUGCAGAUGUAGAUAGUUUGAAGUGUACGAUAUCUCUGAAUGGGGAAAAACAAAACGGGUUUAGUGCCUUUUCUUAUCUAACUCUUCAAUAAUGUAUUUGGUAUGAUUGUGUGUUAGGGACUGUACCUAUUAUCAUAUUUAUAAUGUAUCAGUAGUAUUUAUCUUAUAUCAUUAUAUAUUUUCAAAAACAAAUAUUGUAUUCUGUGAGCUCAAUUGUAACAUUCUUCCAUUACAGAAUGAAAGGGUUAUGAAUAAAUAAAGGACGAUC